AUGAGAGAUACCCACCGUCGCCAUCUGUCUCUGCAACUCCGGGUCCGUCUCCGCCCGCACACACAGCUGGAAGAACGGAUCCUUCUCGCGCGCCGUCUCCGGAUCCUGGUCGUGCAGCCGGCGGAAAUUCUCGCGCGACAUGGGGUCGAUGAUCUCCGCCCAGAUCUUCCGUCGGAUCUCGCUGUACUUGUCGAGGAUCGUGUCGUCGGCGAGGCCGAGAUGGAUACCGACCAGCGCGUCGUACAGGCUGCCGAUGUCUGCGAUGCCGCCGGUGAGGCCGAGGCCGCCACUGCAUACACAUACAUAUCAGCAUUAGCAUUAUCAGUCAGUCAGUAG